UCCGCGUGACGUCGGAAAAAUCUCCGUCAGCACAGGGUAGAUCCUAACUCCAGGAAACGCCCUACUAGUGCAUCGUUCCUCGUGGAAAGGGUCGAUGCAUGGAGAGCCCUGCACUUAAGUGGUGAUACUCAUAGUCUUUCUUCCGAUAGUCAACACAGGGAGGUUGGUGCCCAUAACAUAAUAUAAGUCAUUGCAGAUCAAUCUACGCCGCCAUUCCUUAUAAGGAUGCCGAAUAAGACUCGCAUUGUUUUUUUGUCUGCAACUCUGCUGCUUCUCAUUACAAAUCUGAUUCCGGUUAUCCUACAUCUAAAUCGAGAGAAUGAAAUCACUGCCAGACAAAGGCCACUCUCUGUCGAUCGAAACUACAACAGAUCAACGCCACUCCCUGUCGAUCGGAACUACAACAGAUCAACGCCGCUCCCUGUCCAUCGGAACUACAACAGAUCAACGCCGCUCCCUGUCGAUCGGAACUACAACAGAUCAACGCCACUCCCUGUCCAUCGGAACUACAGCAGAUCAACGCCGCUCCCUGUCGAUCGGAACUACAGCAGAUCAACGCCGCUCCCUGUCGAUCGGAACUACAACAGAUCAACGCCACUCCCUGUCAAUCGGAACUACAACAGAUCAACGCCACUCCCUGUCGAUCGGAACUACAACAGAUCAACGCCACUCCCUGUCCAUCGGAACCACAACAUAUCAACGCCGCUCCCUGUCCAUCGGAACUACAACAGAUCAACGCCGCUCCCUGUCGAUCGGAACUACAACAGAUCGAACAGAAUAUCCGCUCGAGAGAGCCACCACAUAUCCUAUAAACUUGAUGGAAGGAUAUUCUCGCAGAAAACCGUGGACAAAAGUUAUGAAAUAACAACCUGUGUGUUGCAUUCUUUCGCAGACCACGUGGGUCAUGACGUCGCCAAAAUGUUCCUGUCUGAACCAACUGACAAAACGGAGCUGAAAACGGCGACGAUUGGAUCGAUUUGGCACCGUGGAGAACUCUUGGUGGUCAUUAGGGUCUGGCUGAACCAGGGUUUAGCGGAGAAAAAAAAGAACGCUUAUAAAUUUCAAGAUAGUUUUUUCUUCAUGCAGAAAUACAACAGUGACUUUACGCCAAUCACCAGGGGAAAGCUUUUGGGAAUCCCUGCUGCCAUCACACAACAAGAAUUCUCAGGACCCGAAGAUCCACGGCUCAUCCAAGUCGGUGAUACGGUUUACGUCGUGUUUUCUAUGGUGUUGAACAAGUUCUUUUUAACUGGGUUUUUCGUUUGGGAUUUCAAAGAACGACGGUUGUUUCGGCCAACAAUUAAGAAUUUCAAACUCCGAAGUCGUGAAAAGAACUGGUCUCCGAUCGUUCUUAAUGGUACCCUCCACUUUGUUUACACUUUAUUUCCAUUGCGGGUUGUAAAAUGUAACAAAUUUUUGAGAUGCGAGUUUAUCUUCCAAGAUACGGGCAAUUAUUCUGCGGACCACGCAGCGCUACGAGGUGGGACACCGUUCGAAAAAUACAGAGGGAAUUACUAUGUUUCCAUGGCCCACACCUCAAUUAGUAGCAGCCAGGGUAGGGAACUAAAUGCACAUCUUGUCUUGCUUAGAAUCGACCAAUGGCACAUUGUAUACGUUAGUGAUGUCUUUAAAAUCGACCAGGCGAUUUUAAAAACGACUGGGCAUCCAUUUUGGACAUCCCGAACGUUUCUCUACCCGACUGGCAUUAUUGUUGAAAACGAUGACGUGAUUGAUGUAGCUGUCAACAUUGGUGAUACAAGGUGUUACAUGAUUCGAGUGUCGGGUUUGAAGGCAUUAUUCGACAAUGUGAUAGAAUUGAGCGCAGGAGACAAUCGAGAUUCAGUGAACUCGACGAGCAUUCAGGAUUAUUUGUUAAAAAAAAUCCAAAUUGAUAUAAAAGAAAAGAAGGAGAUAUAUUCUAAAGAUUGAUGGCAAUCGUAACACGGCUGUUAUUCAUAUUCUACUUUUUAUCAUGUUUUACUUGUGAAAGAAUACGCUGCUGGUAUCUUUUCCUUAUGCAACAAACUAGCAAGAUGUUUUCCUUUGCGAGAAGUAGGCAUGAUGUUUCCUAUUGCAAGAAGUACAUUGUAGGCAUGGUGUUUUCCUUUUCAAGAAAUAGGCAUGAUGUUUCCUAUGCAAGAAAUAGGCAAGAUGUUUCCUAUUGCAGGAAGUAGGCACGAUGUUUCCUAUUGCAGGAAGGAGGCACGAUGUUUCCUAUUGCAGGAAGAAGGCAUGAUGUUUCUUGUGCAAGAAAUAGGCAUAAUGUUUUCCUUUGUGAAUCUGACUGAAACGGUGCCCUAUACAAGUAAACUCGUACCCAGGGACCAGAAAUCAUUUAAAGGAAACCAGGAGCCUGAGCAAAUUGAAGCCAGGAUAGGUGUGUGGUCUUAUUUCAACUGUAUUCACAUUUUAGAAAUGUUGGCCGAAACCCCACCUUUCACAGCCAUGCCCAACUUCAUGAUCAAACCAAAGCUAAUAAGUUA